CCUCUGUGGAAGAAAGAGGGUAAGAAGGACAGGUUAAUGAGAGAUAAGCAAUGUUGGCCCCAGAAGGAACAGACUGGCAGCGGGGCUAGAGGGUGAGGAGUGAGGCAAAAGGGAGUCUACAGGUCUCAGGACGGUUCCUGUGGCUGGAACCUCUCUCUGGGUAGGAAAGUGAGUGGCAGGUUUGCAAGGGAAGUACAGAAGACCAAGAUAAGCAAGGCAGUGGGGAUGGGGAAAUGAGAUGAGGAACUGGGUGCCUGUUACUGUGGUGUGAGCCAAGGCCCUGGCCUCCAUCCAGGACUCGGGAUCUGGCCCAGUGAGCGCACAGCUACGGCCAACUGGACACCGACAGCAUCUUGGGACAUAAUGCCAUUACAGUAGCCCAGGAAACCCGCUGCAAAGUUAACCUUGGGGUAGUCGAAGUGUAAGAUACGGAAGCUGUUGGAGGCAGACUUCAGAUCAACGGAAAUGAGAAGAUCUGGCCCCAGAAAAAGCUGGAAGAAAAGGAGCCAGGCCACGGCUGCUGCCAUUCCUCCUGCUGGCAAAGAAGCGGCAGAACCCAGACCAUCACAAAAGGAGUUAGGCAGUGAGAAGAGCCCUUCAGAGACCUUAACAUCCAGAAACAUUGGAUGGACAGCAGGUGCAGCACCAGGACAAAAAGGAAAGAUGGCACCAGCCAAGACACAGUUCCGAUGCCUGCUGCUGGUCCUGCUGCUGGGGUUGUGGGUGGCCGAGAGUCCAGUCAGUGCCAAGCCCAGUGGCAUGACCUCAGCUCAGUGGUUUGACACACAGCACGUACAGCCCAACCCUGAAUCAUGCAGCACAGCAAUGCCCAAGAUCAACCAGUACAACAAAUACUGCAAAAACAUCAACACUUUCCUGCAUGAGACCUUCACCAGCGUGAUCCCCACCUGCAACACCCCCAACAUCGCCUGCAAGAACGGCAAUACCAACUGCCAUCAGAGCGCAAAACCUGUGUCCAUGACCAAUUGUCAGUAUGUUUCAGGGUCAUAUCCAGAUUGCAAGUACAAGCAAACAGAACAGGUUGCAAACUUCAUUGUGGCCUGUGACCCUCCACAAGCCAAGGACGACUCAUCAUACAAGCUGCUCCCCGUGCACUUCGAUAAAAUUGUCUAAGGCUUGCUGUCCCACAAACUCCGCAGGCUUUUUCUUCCGCUGCUGUAUUUUCUCUCUAGUCCGUUGCAAAUACCAUUUCCUGCCCACAAAACCAACCUCACAUGCUCUUGAUUCUUUAGGGGGUUCAUGGAUGCUCCAAAUGAUGGGGGAAGAAGGAUCAUUCUCUUUAGCCUCUCUGUUGCUUCCUUCGCUUCUUGUGUGUGGUAUUGCACGGCCCUUGGAGAGUGAAGCAUGAAGGGUCUCAGGAUAGAUCCAGGUUGUAAAAGGCCUCUGACUUCCAUCAGCUGGGAGACCUGCUUAAAAAAAAAGGAUUUAUAGAAUUACAAGUGCAAAA